GCCAUCUUGUCGCGCCGAGCAGAAGAAGAAGAAGAUAUGGCUGACUACAGCAGCGUGGCUCCGCCGUCCUCUAACGCCGGUGGCGGGAUGAACGAUGCUUUUAAAGAUGCUCUGCAGCGAGCAAGACAGAUCGCGGCGAAGAUAGGUGGUGAUGGAGUUGCGGCACCUCCAACAAAUGAAUUUGGCUACGGAGGCCAGAAAAGGCCCCUGGAGGACGCUGGUGGGUAUUUUCCCAUGCCUAACCUGAAUAUCGACCAACCAGAGACAAAGAAAGUGGCUACAAAUGAUGCCUUUUCAGCAAUGGGAGGAAUGGGUGGUCCCCCAAGGUCAACAUCAGAAGAGUUCAAGGUUCCAGAUGGAAUGGUUGGAUUCAUUAUUGGAAGAGGGGGUGAGCAAAUAUCACGCCUGCAGCAGGAGUCUGGUUGUAAAAUACAGAUCGCCCCUGACAGUGGAGGGAUGCCAGACAGGUCGGUGACAUUAACAGGACCACCAGAAUCAAUCCAGACCGCAAAGAGGCUACUAACAGAGAUAGUUGAGAAGGGACGCCCAGCUCCAGCGUUCCACCACAAUGAUGGCCCGGGAAUGACUGUUCAGGAGAUUAUGGUCCCUGCCUCUAAAGCCGGACUUGUCAUUGGAAAGGGAGGAGAAACCAUCAAAAGCCUACAGGAAAGAGCGGGAGUGAAGAUGGUAAUGAUCCAAGAUGGACCCCAAAACACAGGCGCAGACAAGCCACUCCGCAUUUCAGGAGAACCCUUCAAAGUUCAGCAAGCCAAAGAGAUGGUGAUGGAGCUGAUCAGAGACCAGGGCUUCAGGGAGCAGAGGGGCGAGUAUGGUUCAAGAAUUGGAGGAGGAGAUAGCUUAGACGUUCCAGUCCCCCGGUUUGCAGUAGGAAUUGUCAUUGGCAGAAACGGAGAGAUGAUCAAGAAAAUACAGAAUGACACAGGCGUCAGGAUUCAGUUCAAACCAGAUGAUGGCAGCACACCAGACAGGAUAGCACAGAUCAUGGGUCCUCCUGACCAGGCUCAGCACGCGGCAGAAAUCAUAUCAGACCUGCUGAGGAGUGUCCAGGCUGGGGGACCACCAGGACAUGGUGGUGGCAGAGGACGUGGUCGUGGGCAGGGCAACUGGAACAUGGGGCCCCCUGGUGGCCUGCAGGAGUUUACCUUCACUGUCCCAACUAUGAAGACCGGCCUCAUCAUUGGAAAAGGUGGUGAGACAAUCAAGGGCAUCAGCCAGCAGUCUGGAGCCAGGAUCGAGCUACAGAGGAAUCCUCCACCCAACGCUGAUCCCAACAUCAAAAUGUUCACAGUCAGAGGCUCUCCUCAACAGAUCGACUACGCCAGGCAGCUGGUGGAGGAGAAAAUCGGAGGACCAGUCACUCCAAUGGGUGGCCCACAUGGCCCCCCUGGUCCACAUGGAGGUCCAGGCCCACACGGUCCUCCUGGUCCACCAGGACCCCCUGGGGCUCCCAUGGGUCCGUACAACCCUGGACCUUACAACCAGGGACCUCCAGGGCCACAUGGUCCUCCUGCGCCUUACCAGCCUCAGGGAUGGGGCAAUGGUUACCCACAUUGGCAACAGGGACAACCUGAUCCAAAUAAAGCGGCAGCCGACGCCAAUGCAGCGGCGUGGGCAGCCUACUAUGCUCAGUACAGCCAGCAGCCGCAAGCUCCCAUGACCCCAACAAGUGGAGCGCCUGGCACGACUCAAACCAAUGGCCAAGGUGACCCACAGGCUGCAGGUCAGAGUGGACAGGCAGAUUACACCAAGGCCUGGGAGGAAUAUUACAAGAAAAUGGGUCAACAGAGUCAGCAACCUCAGGACUACACGAAAGCCUGGGAGGAAUAUUACAAGAAACAAGGUCAAGCUGCCCCUCAGGCCACAGCAGCAGCAGCAGCAGCUGCCUCCCAGCCUGGAGGCCAGCCAGACUACAGCGCUGCCUGGGCGGAGUACUACCGGCAGCAGGCUGCUUACUAUGGCACAGCCAACCCUCAGACGAUGGGCGCAGCACCACAAGCCCCUCAGGGCCAGUAAUGUGAAGUGGACAUAAAGUAAAUGCUACAUUGUCGAAACAAAAUCCUUUGUUUAAUGUUUGGAUGCAGACGCCUUGAUGAAGAUCUUAAAUUUCCUUGGUUUGAAAGUGUUUCACAUAAAUGGCAGAUUUCCCGGCGAACACGUCCUCUUUUUUUUUUUUUUUCUUUUUUUCUUUCUCUUGUAAAUGCUUUGUUUUUAGUGAGGUAAUUAUACAUAUGGUCAUUCCAGCCCUGUAUCUACAUUAAAUGUGGUUAGAACUCAUGUUUAUUGAACUGUUGACAUUACCAUGUAAAUCAUCUCAGUUUUAAAAUGCUAUUGCCUGUUGUGUUUUUGCAAUAAAACAAACUGAAACCUCC